AUGGCACCGCUUCCUGCUGCCCAGUGGCGGUUUGGCUACCCAGCCGCGGUGGUGUACCCGCCAGCCGUCGUCGGUUUGGAUGCGGCGGAUCGUCCGAGAGCCCUACCACACAUCACCGAGCUCAACAGGGAGCCGCCAUUCCAUGCCGAGAGAUUGCCAGCGACCACGCAUGCGAUCCUGCCGAUUUCCUCACCUCUUCGUCACAAGGGGCACCGAGGUUCGAAACCACCCAACCGCGGCAGAUCGUCCUCUCCGAGUCUUCGCUCAGAGAGCACCCGGUGUCGGAGACAGCCAAGCUGGAUUCAACGAAUGAGCCAAGCGUUACGACUGCCGCCGGGCACAGCCUCGACAAUUGCCAGCUCGACAGCCGCAGGGACGCCUCGUCAUUCAGGGCUCGUGGCAACCGAGGACGGACCGUCAGCUGCUCUCGAAGCUUCGGCUUCUCCAAAGCGAGAGGAUGUGGCGCCCAGCGUUGAAGAAUGCGAGAGUCCGGAAGAGCCAAUUCUCCAACUGCCGGCCGCAGAUCUGCGUGGCGAUGCUGAAGAUGGAGACGAUAUCCAAUCUCUGCAAACGAACGUCGCAACGGUUCACAGUGACGAUUUCCAAAUGUCUGACCAUCCCUCCAACCUCCUGCAACAAUCAGGUACGACGCCACUGACAAAGGUGGGACUAAGCGACGAAGCAGAUCAACACUGA